AUGUCUCAUUUGGACCGGUUCAAGGUGACUUUGAACGAGUCUUUGGACAAGUCGCAGAAGUGCUUAGACACUUUGGUGGAACUUCGACAAAAGAAGCAGUUGGACGAGCAAGAUUUGAAAAACUUGAAUGUUUUUCACAAAGAAGCUGUGCUGGAUAAUGUGGCCUUGAUCAAUGGUAAAAACGAAAUCAAGAUCGAAUACAACAAGCUUUCAGAUGCGUCUCUCAAGAAGCUUCAUUCUGGAUACCACCAGUUCAAUAAUAUGAAAGUGCAACGGUACAAAGGUCAGAAUUUGAAGAACGAGAGUUUAACGGCCGAAUUCACCAAACUUAUAGCUCAGAUCCCAGAGCUGAGACUGGAUCCAAUUCUGGACGACGAGAGUGACGAGUCAGACCAGGCAUUUUUAAAAAGUUUGCGCAAAAAUGCGCUGGACAUCCGAGUCCAAUUCGCAAAGUCAGAUUUCAGCGAACUGCUGGACGAAAGCUCUGUUUCUCGUGUUGAACAGAUCUUGAAAAACGAAGAAGUGCGAAAAUUCCGUUUGGUUCAGCUGAGUGAUCGUCAUUACGAGAAAGAGCGCACAUCGCUACAGAGCAUGAGCCUGAAGUGGCAGAAUCGUUUGUCCGGACUGACAAAGUUCAUCAAGGAGGAUUCUCAGAAGAUACAGCAGGAUAUCAACUCUGUUUAUGACGAGAUACGAGAGACCGAUGCAUUGGAAUUGGAAGAGGACGAUGAAUUAGAUGAGGAUGAGGAUGAACUUGACGAGGAGAAUGAGGAAGAAGACGGCGAAGAAGCGGACGAGGUAGACGCGACCCAAAACGAAGCUGUGGAGGCAGAGCAGGACGAGGAGCUACAAAGCGAUGGACAUGAAGAUGCACUGGGACAGAAUGGAGACGACGAGAACGACGUCGCCAGCGACGUUGAAAUGACCAACAGUAAACCAGAUACACCAGAACAGGGCGGCGCGUCGGACAUUGAACUUGAAGAGUAA